AAAUAUGGUGACCAUAAUGCCAUAUAGCUACUCAGCUCCCCGAUGUGGAUUAAUUGAUAAAAUGAUUGAACCGAAGGUUAAACGUCCCAAAACAGAGCCUACAGAUACAAAUGAUAGAAAUCGACUCUGUACGGCGGCCCAAAACUCGAUUACAACACAACAGUCCGCCUCACAUUUGCAAGGUCCACUGGGGAGCUCUCAGACAGGCUCUCCAUUAACAGCUAGUGGUUCCUCCUUACUUGCCUCAUCCAGUCAAUGUAGUCCUCUGGCAUUGCCACCACAAACCCAACCGCUGCAGCCUACCAUAACCUCCUUGGCCUCACUCUCAAAUUAUCAUCACGCUCACGCAUCGCAACACCAGCAUUCACCACACCACCAUCAGCACCAACAACAACAACAGCAGCAUCAUCAGCAGCAACCACCUUCUUCAGCGUCAUCACUAAGUGCGAGCAGCUGUAGCCUAACCGCCAAUAAUCUACCAUCUCUUUCCAACGCCUCAGCCUCUCAAUUUGCCCACACGGCAGGUAGCAGCAGUUUCUCAACAUAUCAGCAGCAUAGCAUAAAUGCAUCAGUGUCUGCUACAUCUACAACAACAAAUGAUAAUUCCACCACGCUCUCAUCGUCCAAUUCCACCUCAGCAUCAGUGAAUGCGCUGAGCAGCAGUAGUAGUGGCAUGUCACACUGGCUAAAUACUGAACAUCAGUCUGCCACACAACUGCCUUCCGUCAAGUCAGAGAGUCGCUCGCCCGGCAUAACGAAUUCGAAUCAAACGACACAGCAGCAUUUGCAGUCAUCGUCGAACGCCACAGAAGUGACAGGUCUUAGCGGUCACUUGGAAUCGGGUGCCAACAACGGAAACCAUCCUAACUCCGUAUCGAAUCUAUACAGUUGUUCGGCUUCAGUGAACUCCUCGACGGGUUUGGUUGGUCUCGAUUCGCCCAGCAAUACACUGAGUUCCUCGUCCAUGGCUGCUGUAAAUUCCACUGCAGCAGCUGCCGCGGCAGCCGUUGCCUACGACACCAAACACGAUUACUACAAUUAUUACAACAGUAUGCAACAAUAUACACCGCCAUUCUAUUCCACCUACGGCACUCCCUAUACGACAGCGGCCAGAGCUGCACCAAAGAUAGAACCAUCAUCGCCCUAUCUAACAUCGACAUAUGCCUCCAGCAAUAAUAACUCGGCACAGCUUUAUCCCACAGCCUAUGGCUAUAAUAAUUUUGCCCAGUUCGGUUCGGCUGCCGCCCAACAGGAUUACUCCUCGUACUAUAACGAUCAAUAUGGCAACUACUAUAAUCCCGCGAAUUAUUCCCCGUAUGCUGUCAGUUCCCCAAGCUCCAGUGCCAGUCACGGUUUCCAUGUGGCAGCCUCCAAUCUUUCGGAAAGCCCCACCGACACUCACUCCACAACUCCAGUUUUGCACAACACCCAUUCGCCGCAUUCUCCUCUACCCAUUUCGCCCAACAACAACAUGGCUUCAACUGGCAACACUGCCUCGAGUAAUGCAGCGACGUCAUUGCCGAAAACUACACCCACUGGCAAGACUGGCCGAUCUCGAGGACGUCGCCACCAGCAACCUAGUCCGACACGCAGCUGUACCUCCGACACACCAAACAGUGAAGCUGUUAAGCCCCCGGAGAGGGUGUUCAUUUGGGAUCUAGACGAGACCAUUAUCAUCUUUCACACACUGUUGUCGGGUUCCUUUGCCAGCCGUUAUACCAAAGAUCACAGUGCCCUAAUGACGAUAGCCUUUCGCAUGGAGGAGAUGGUCUUUAAUUUGGCCGACACCCAUUUCUUUUUCAACGAAAUCGAGGAAUGUGACCAGGUCCACAUCGAUGAUGUUUCAUCGGACGACAAUGGUCAAGAUUUGAGUACAUAUAAUUUUGCCACUGACGGUUUUCACACAGGAGCACCACCCGGCGCUCCACCGAACUUGUGUUUGCCCACUGGUGUAAGAGGCGGUGUCGAUUGGAUGCGCAAAUUAGCUUUCAGAUAUAGGAAAAUUAAGGAAAUCUACAACACCUAUAGGGGAAAUGUUGGUGGUUUAUUGGGACCUGCCAAAAGAGACGCUUGGUUACAAAUCCGCCAGGAUAUUGAAAUGGCUACCGACAAUUGGGCCUCGUUGGCUACUAAAUGCCUAAAUAUGAUAGCUCAACGUGAAAAUUGUGUUAAUGUUCUGGUGACUUCAACUCAAUUGGCACCAGCUUUGGCCAAAGUCCUGCUCUUUGGUCUGGGAGGCAUCUUCAAUAUUGAAAAUAUUUACAGUGCCCACAAAAUAGGUCAGGAAACUUGUUAUGAGCGUAUUGUGACGCGUUUUGGACGCAAAAGUACAUAUGUAGUUGUGGGCGAUGGUGCCGAAGAGGAAUCAGCCGCCAAAGCCAUGAACUUCCCAUUUUGGCGGAUAUCAUCGCAUAGUGAUAUUAGAGCUUUGUACACGGCACUCGAUAUGGGUUUCUUAUGAAAAACUUUACACGCAUUCGCUGUGCUGGUUAGGGCAACAUUGUAAAUUAUCA